AAGGAGAGUGGUCCGGGUGGAUUCCCUUGCACCGUAGUACACGUCCGUAGCCAGCAACAUAAAUUAGAAGGCACAUCCAGUUCAGAACCAAAAUCGGGAAUGUCAUUCACUGGCGAGUUUCCCCACUCGUUAACUGCAUUAAGUGUUGAGGCGGACAGCGAUGAAUAUGAGCCAGAUAGUGAAGCAGUGAUUACCGUAACUGGGGAUCCUGGUACUCGUGUAGGUGUAUUAGCAGUUGAUAAGGCUGUGUACUUACUCAAUGAUGCGCAUAAAUUGACAGCACAAAAGAUGUUUCAAAGAAUGGACACAUUUGAUCUUGGUUGUGGACCAGGUGGUGGAAAAAAUGCAAAGGAGGUGUUUGAGGAUGCUGGCAUGUUGGUUAUGACCGAUGCUAGUUUGGAAACAGAAAAAAGGGAAAGUUAUGGGUGUAGUGCCGUUGUAGUUGCUAGAAAAAGAAGAUCCCUGAGCGCAAAAGCUAAUGAGUAUAAUGGUAUGUUACGAGACUUUUGCAUAGAUGGACAGAACAGCGCUAGAAAAUCGCCAAUAGAUAUUGAAAACUUUGAAGAGUAUUGUACUGAACAAGCUUCACAACUAGAAGAUAUGCGUGUAGGGACAAUAAAGCAAAAUAAUGAACGUUUUGAAGCAUUUGCUGAUUGCUGCUUAAGUGCCCUGGAAAGUACCAGAGAAAUUAGUAGUCGAAUUGGUAGAUUUGAAAGUGAUGAAUUUACAGAUGACGAGAAUAUUGACGAAGAUGUCGAAUUAGUUUUGCAAGUCAGAUCUGAUUUUUCAGAGACAUGGAUAUUUUCAGAUGAUUUCCUAGAUGAAAAUGGUCAGAUGACAUUGCCUGUGACUGUACCAAGUAGCCUAACUCAGUGGAUUGUACAGGCGGUUGGAGUAAACCGUGAUACAGGCAUAUGUGUUUCACAGCCAUUUGAGUUACUUGCAUUUAAACAUUUUUUUAUUCAGCUGAGUCUACCAUAUUCUGUUAUAAUGAGAGAGCAGAUUGAAAUCAGAGCGACUGUAUUCAACUAUGGUGCACGUGAUCUAGCUGUAAGUGCUUACAUGUACGGUGUGGAAGGUAUCUGUUCUGAUGCCAAACCUGGGGAAAGAAGUGAUGGUAAAUGGUUUAUCGUGAAGGCAAAAAACGCAGCAUUGUUUACAUUUACAGUUAUUCCACUAAAAGUUGGUAACUUUCCAAUCAAAAUCGAAGCACUCAGUCCAAUUGGUGAUGAUAUUGUGGAAAGGAUAUUGAAAGUGGAACCUGCUGGUAUUCAACAUUCCUUCAAACAUUCAGUGUUGCUCGACCCUACCGGUUUGCUGAGUAACAGAGUAGGAGUUGAUAAUACAGAAAAUACUGACCAAGGGCCGGUUAAGAACAUUGAGCAUAAACAUUUUGAGAAACAUCGUCAAUUUAAUGAAAUAGACAUUAGGAUGCCUGCUGAUGUGAUUCCCGAUUCACCUGAAUGUCGUGUUAACAUAGGUGAAUGUGAUGUACUCGCGCAAUAUAAUUGCCAAAACCAGACUAAUAGUCAACCAGCCUUACGUUUAUACCUGUGUACAGACAGGGCGAGUUGUUGGUUUCAGUGGUUCUGCCCUUUGCUGAGUGGAACAGGGAGGAGUGACGGCAUAUCAACAAAAAGCGGCUCACUUUCUAAGUCAAUUUCGUAUCUGGAGGGGAGAAUUAAAGAUACUGAUAGACCAUAUGCUGUGGCUAUAAUUACGUAUGCAUUGGUCUUGGCUAACAGUGGAAAAAAACAUGAGGCAAAUGAACAAUUGAGGGCGCUUGCUACAUAUGAUAAAGAAACAAAUUCCCGACACUGGACAACAGACGCAGCAAUCUUUGGUGAUGGAAAUAAACCAUAUUGGUACACCCACAAUCCAUCAGCAAUUGAAGUAGAAACAACUGCGUAUGCCUUAUUAACACAAGUGGAACUUAAUGAUAUUGCAUAUAGCAAUGCAAUAGUCGUUUGGUUAACAUCGCAGAGAAAUUCACAGGGGGGAUUCAUUUCUACACAAGACACAAUUAUUGCUCUGUAUGCCCUGGUUAAGUAUUCGGCAGCAGCUAGAAAUGUGAUUGAGACACCGGUACACAUGAAUUGCACAAUAACAAUAGAAGCUGAUGAUGCCUAUAGCGAAGUAAUCCCUUUAAAUGAAGGGUCCAUGGUGCAGCACAUUAGAGAGGUACCUGUUGGUGGCAAGCUGUAUAUUGACACUACUGGAACAGGUAUUGGAAAUCUUCAAGUAGAAGUUAGGUAUAACACGCCGGCUCUUUAUGCAGAAACGUGUGCAUUUAACAUCACCGUGAAUGUAGUAGAACCACGCCUACGUAGAAGAGAUAACACCCUCAGUAAUUCCGUCAUCCAUUUGACUGUUACUGUAAGAUACAACAAACCUGGCAGUACAGGAAUGGCAAUUAUUGAUGUUGGACUGUUUUCAGGAUUUGAGCCAAUCAAAACGUAUUUGGAGAAGAUGAAAAAUAAUGAGGCGCAAUUCCAAAGUUACGACGUCAACAAACGUUCGGUUAUAUUCUACAUUGAUCAGAUAACAAACCAGACCGAUGUUACAAUUGAAUUUGACAUCAAGCAAGUAUUUAAUGUAGGGAAAGUUCAACCAGUUGCGGUUAAAGUUUAUGACUAUUAUUCACCAGAUGUACAAUGCACCAAGUUUUAUCAGGCUGAAGAAGGAAGUGCACUACUUGACACUUUGUGCGAAGGUUAUAUAUGUGUCUGUGCUGAAGGGAAAUGUGGUAAAUGCUUAGAUAAACAACCUAUUAGAACAUUAGAGAAUAAAGGCGAUUUAGUCGAAAAGGCAUGUCACGACAUGGGCUAUGCAUUUAAAAUACAUGUAUUUAAUGUGAAGUUUGAAAAAGGAUGGGAACAUAUCACUGCCAUUAUUGAAGUCAUAGCUAAACACGGCAUCGAAGAUGUGUCCAUUAAUGAUCAAAUACAUAUCUGGAAGAGUUCCACCUGUGAAUGUCCUAAAAUCGAACCAGACGUCAAAUAUUUCAUUAUGGGAAGAGAUCCUGAAUCAUUUGUAGAUGAAAAUGGUUUUGAAAGUUACAAGUACCUGAUUGAUGAAACAAGCUACAUUGAAGCAUUUCCAGCAGUGGGACGUCGGCAUAACAUUCUUCAACGUGUAAUGCACAGUUUGACUGACGGGGCUUGCACUGCCUGA